CUGUCCUCUCAAGCCAUCUCACACUCAAGCCUCUCUCUCUCUGAGAUAACUCCGGUCUUAGCAGAGCAAUGGCGGCCACCACUAUGUCCCUCUCCUCCUCAGCCUUUGCCGGCAAGGCAGUGAAGAAUAUGGCAUUGUCUGCUCUCUUUGGCGAGGCACGUGUCACUAUGCGGAAGACUGCGGCAAAGGCAAAACAAGUUGCUUCUAGCAGCCCAUGGUACGGUGCUGAUCGUGUGCUCUACCUCGGUCCGCUAUCAGGUGAGCCACCGAGCUACUUGACCGGCGAGUUCCCUGGUGACUAUGGGUGGGAUACUGCCGGGCUCUCAGCUGACCCUGAGACCUUCGCCAAGAACCGUGAGCUGGAGGUGAUCCACUGUCGAUGGGCUAUGCUUGGUGCGCUUGGUUGUGUCUUCCCCGAGUUGCUCGCCCGCAAUGGCGUCAAGUUUGGUGAGGCUGUUUGGUUCAAGGCCGGCUCCCAAAUCUUCAGCGAAGGCGGCCUUGACUAUCUCGGCAACCCCAGCCUCGUCCACGCGCAAAGCAUCCUAGCCAUUUGGGCUUGCCAAGUUGUGCUCAUGGGCGCCGUCGAGGGGUACCGCAUUGCUGGUGGCCCACUUGGCGAGAUUGUUGACCCACUUUACCCUGGAGGCAGCUUUGACCCACUUGGCUUAGCCGAGGACCCCGAGGCAUUCGCUGAGCUUAAGGUGAAGGAGAUCAAGAACGGUCGUCUUGCUAUGUUCUCCAUGUUCGGCUUUUUCGUUCAAGCCAUUGUCACCGGCAAGGGCCCACUCGAGAAUCUUGCUGACCAUAUUGCCGAUCCAGUCAACAACAAUGCAUGGGCAUUCGCCACUAACUUCGUGCCCGGCAAGUAAGGCACCCACUAUGGUUGCACUUGCAAGCUGCGGGAUGGUCUGAUUUGUACUACCAAUGAUGUAAAUUACAAGGAUCCGUGCAAAUGCAUUGUUUGAUUCAUCGA